AUGAAAAGAGUUGACACAUGGAAGAGCGUUUUCCUCCUCCUAUUGACACCUCAACUUCUUCGGUUGCAAGGUUUUGUUCAGGCCUAUCGACGUAUGAGUAUUGCAGUGAAUGGAUCUACGGUGAACCCCCACUACUGGUACCGCCAACCGCCUUCUGGUCUACCGUCCUGGUACUCCCGUAGUAGUACCACCUUUCGCAAUCACAAGGUCUUCCAGCUUCGCUUCCUUACCCAAUCAGAUGUCAGAUGCAAUGACGGAACAAGGGCAGGCUACUACGUCCGACGUUCAAAGGACCUAAAAUCACGAAAUUGGCUGAUCUACCUCGAGGGUGGGUGGUACUGCUUCGACGAGGCGACGUGCAUCUCUCGACAGAUCACGAAUCAUGCCCUCUUCUCCUCUCGCACCUGGCACAUGAUUCGGUACAUCGGUGGUGUGCUCUCCUGGGACGAUCGGAUUAAUCCCAAUUACCACAACUACAAUACAAUAUUCGUCCCUUACUGUUCCAGCGAUCUGUGGACUGGCAAGAAACGUGAAAGAACCGGAGGCUACUACUUUCAUGGAUCAAGAAUUCUAACUGCGGUUAUAGAUGAUUUACUCAGACAACCAGAGUUUACCAGAGUCGAUAAAGUCGUAUUUUCAGGCUCCAGCCUAUGGCAACCGCGAAUUCCAAGACGAUGUAGAAUGGCACAGGGGAAGAAGAACUUCUGGCAAUGCUACCUGGGGCCCGUAAUCUACUCCCACCUUCGAACACCUACCUUCAUCAUCCAAAGUCUCUUUGACGAAGCCCAAUUGCAAAUGAGUAGAGCCAUUCUCUUGACUGGUGGUUCCUACAACAAACUGGCCUACAUUCAGAAUUUAGGCAAAGCUGUUGCCAAGAGUCUCGACACUGUCCAGGGUGUCUUUGCACCUGCUUGCACAGACCAUGAGAUUCUUACCACCAACCAUUGGGCCCAACUAAUGGUGGAUUCGCAAAGCCUACAUGACACCCUCAUGGCAUGGGACGCUCACUUGACUCGGUGGCGUCGCUACCCCGACUGGUAUUUCCACCUCCAAUCACCCCGAUGUCCGUACCGAGGAGAGACGGGACAUUCAAGGUCACCUGAUUACUCCUUGCAGGGGACCCAUCAGCCUCAUCAACUGAACUCCUCGAUGAUCUUCCUCUCCAAGCUGGUAGCGGUGUUGAACCGUCCCAAGACAGACAAGUCGGCGAUGCGUGGAGGUCGAGAGCAUGCGACCCGCCGAAGCCCUCGUGAUCUACUUCGAACUCAUCCGCCUUUCCGUUUUCGCGUUGUUGACAGGUGCUCUCUAGACGUCGGUCCAGACGAUGAGGUUGUGGUCGUGGGCGAGAGCUUUAGUGCUGCAGUAUCAGGCAAUCUGGCGGCUGCAUGUGCAGGUCGAUCACACAUGACCCCGCUGUGCAAUCCCUCGUGUCGCACGCUCACGCAUCCCCACACCAUGGAGAGACUGAGUGUGGUCUCACUCUAUGAACUCUACGGUGUAGAUUCAGCCCAACUUGCCGCCAAUAUCGGGGUCUCUGUUACCCAGUUGAAGGCGCUACCUGUGAAAAUGCAAAUGCAGAUGCUCUUUUGCCUACCAGUCUAG